UCGCGCCCACCGUCUGAACCGGGCAGGUAACUGCCCUGUAACAACGGAAAGUCCUUUGUUAGUCUGUGGUCUGACUUCGGUUGCAAUCUUGACAGCAGCAGUGAUCGCUGGACGAAGAGUAAGUACCUCGAGUGAUUGGGCAAAAUGGCAAAUAUCAAAAUCUUCGGGGGCAGCUCCCAUCAGGACCUAUCCCAGAAAAUUGCCUACCGCCUGGGCCUGGAGCUAGGCAAGGUGGUGACCAAGAAAUUCAGCAACCAGGAGACCUGCGUGGAAAUUGGCGAGAGUGUGCAAGGAGAGGAUGUCUACAUAGUGCAGAGUGGUUGUGGCGAAAUCAAUGACAGUCUAAUGGAGCUUUUGAUCAUGAUCGAUGCCUGCAAGAUUGCUUCAGCCAGCCGGGUUACUGCGGUCAUCCCAUGCUUCCCUUAUGGCCGGCAGGAUAAGAAGGAUAAGAGCCGGGCCCCAAUAUCCGCCAAACUUGUUGCAAAUAUGCUGUCUGUAGCAGGUGCAGAUCAUAUCAUCACCAUGGACUUACAUGCUUCUCAAAUUCAGGGGUUUUUUGAUAUCCCCGUAGACAAUCUCUAUGCGGAGCCAGCUGUCCUGAAAUGGAUAAGGGAGAAUAUCUCUGAGUGGAGGAACUGCACUGUUGUCUCACCAGACGCUGGUGGAGCUAAGAGAGCGACCUCCAUUGCACACAGGUUGCAUGUGGCCUUUGCCUUGAUUCACAAAGAACGGAAGAAGGCCAAUGAAGUGGACCGUAUGGUGCUAGUGGGGGAUGUGAAGGAUCGUGUGGCCAUCCUUGUGGAUGACAUGGCUGAUACUUGUGGUACAAUCUGUCAUGCAGCUGACAAACUUCUCUCCGCUGGAGCCGCCAGAGUUUACGCGAUCUUGACUCACGGAAUCUUUUCUGGCCCGGCCCUUGCUCGCAUCAACAGUGCGUGCUUUGAAGCGGUGGUCGUCACCAAUACCAUACCUCAGGAGGAUAAGAUGAAACAUUGCUCCAAGAUACAGGCGAUCGACAUCUCCAUGAUCCUUGCGGAAGCCAUCAAGAGAACUCACAAUGGAGAAUCUGUUUCUUACCUAUUCAGCCAUGUCCCUUUGUAAUAGAAUAACUUUAGGUUAUUCUAUUUUAAAAUAAGAUAAAAUAGAAAUAAAAAUAUGCCUUGCCCCUUG